UAGACUGAACUCACUCUCACUCAAGUAGGGGGGAAAAAACUUUAAUCCACAUUCCACCAUCUCUCUCUCCGGCGGCCGCUGCUUCAAAAUACAUGGCCUUAACUGCUAACAUACAUUCUUGAAAUCCAACCUCUUCCUCCUCCACCACCUCCAAUGCCUACGCCUACUCGUUCUCUCCUCGCCGUUGCGCUCUGCGCCUUUCUAACGGCUACCUUAACAUGCGCCGGCCUCGUCUCCGAGAUCGAAGCGUUACUCUCCUUCAAGUCCAAUCUCCACGAUCCACGUGGCGCAUUGGCCAACUGGAACGCCUCCACCCCCUCCGCCCCCUGCGAUUGGCGUGGCAUUCGAUGCUCCUCCGCCACCGUCGUCAUCGAGCUCCGCCUCCCGCGCCUCCACCUCUCCGGCACCCUCACUCCCCGCCUCUCCAACCUCGCACACCUCCAGACGCUCAGCCUCCACUCCAACAAUCUCAACGGCUCUAUCCCUCCCACCCUCUCCCACUGCUCCCUCCUCCGCGCCCUCUACUUGCAGCAAAAUUCCCUCUCCGGCGACUUUCCCCCUGACUUCUUCACCAACCUCACUCAUCUCGGCGUUUUGAACCUCUCACAGAAUCUCUUCUCCGGCCAAAUCUCCGACCACAUUGCGGCGAGUAUUCGCGUGCUGGACCUCUCCUCCAACUCCUUCUCUGGUCCAAUUCCGUCCAACUUCUCCGCCGCUCACCACCUCCAGCUCAUCGAUUUGUCACACAACCGUUUCUCCGGCGAGAUAGCACCAGCCAUUGGCGCGCUGCAGAGCCUCCAGUAUCUCUGGAUCGACGCCAAUUACGUCUACGGAACAAUUCCCUCGGCGAUAUCGAACUGCUCGUCGCUCAUCCACAUCAGCGCCGGUGAUAAUAUGAUUUCCGGCGUGGUUCCGGCCACGAUUGGCGCGCUUCAGAAUCUCCAGGUCAUCUCGCUGCCACGUAAUCACCUAACCGGCGUCAUUUCACAAUCAUUGCUCUGCAACAUUUCAGUAUCGAAUGCCGCCAUUCGGAUUGUGGAUUUGAGUUUUAAUUCGCUCACGGGUAUUGGGAUUAACGAUGGAAAAAAUUGCCACAGUGUUCUCCAAGUUUUAGAUCUUAACGAGAAUCAGAUAGCUGGAACAUUUCCUGAUCUUCUAAUGAGUUUCUCUAUGUUAAGGUCGCUUGAUGUUUCUGGAAAUUUGAUCUCCGGGCUAUUGCCGGAAAAUUUUGGGGAUUUGGUGAAUUUGGAGGAGUUUCGAGUUGGGAACAACUCGUUAACUGGUGGAAUUCCUGAGAGUGUGGCCAAAUGUGGGGUUCUUAGAGUGCUUGAUCUUGGGAAAAAUCGUUUUUCGGGUUCAAUACCCGAGUUUUUGGGGGAAAUGAGGAGCUUAACGACGUUGAUUCUCGGUGGGAAUGCGUUUACUGGUGCAGUUCCCUCGAGCAUAGGCAGUCUUGAGUCUUUACAGGUUUUGGACUUGAGUGAUAAUGUGUUGAGUGGAACUGUACCUGCAGAGUUGAUGAGCCUUGCCAAUUUGACCAUCCUAAAUCUGAGCUUUAACAGAUUUUCCAGUCAGGUGUUUAUGAAUAUUGGGGAAUUGAAAGGAUUAGAAGUUCUGAAUAUGAGUGGCUGUGAGCUUUCAGGAGUGAUCCCUUCUAGCAUUGGGAAUCUUUUGAAGCUCAAGUCUCUCGAUUUGAGCAAGCAAAACUUGUCGGGGGAGUUGCCGUUCGAGCUUUUCGGGUCACCAAGGCUGCAAGUUGUGGCUUUGGAGGAGAAUUCAUUCUCUGGAAAUGUGCCUGAAGGUUUCAGCAGCCUGUCUGGUUUGCAGAAACUUAAUCUUUCAGAGAAUGCUUUCUCUGCUGAGAUUCCAGCUAGUUAUGGAUUUCUUAGAUCAUUGAAUGCUCUUUCACUGUCUGGUAAUCGAGUAAGUGGUGUGAUUCCGGUGGAGUUGAGCAACUGUACUGGUCUUGAAGUUUUAGAGCUGAGAGGGAAUGGUCUAACUGGCCAAAUUCCUGCUGAUUUCUCAAGGUUGUCUCAUUUAAAGAGGCUAGACUUGGGCCGGAACAACUUAACUGGCACGAUCCCAGCAAGCAUUUCCAACUGCUCUUCUUUGGAAGUUUUGUUGCUGGAUUCGAAUCAAGUCUCAGGCGGCCUUCCAGAGGCGUUAUCCAAGUUACCGAUAUUAAAAGAAUUGGAUGUCUCCUCGAAUAAUCUGACUGGUGUUGUUCCUGCAAGCCUUUCCACCAUAUCUGCUUUACAGAGAUUGAAUUUGUCUGCCAAUGGUUUUGAGGGUGAGAUCCCACCUGCUUUGGCUGCGCGGUUCAGUGAUCCUUCUGUGUUCGCUAUGAAUAAGGAUUUAUGCGGGGAGCCACUGGGGAGGAAGUGCGAAAGAGAGAUCGAACGCAAGAGGAAGAAGUUGAUUCUUUUCAUUGUUGUGGUUUCAGUUGGGAGUUUGAUGCUUCUACUGUGUUGCUGUGCGUAUGUGUACAGUCUUCUUAGGUGGCGGAAGAAGCUGCGAGCCGGGGCAGAAGGGGUGAAGAAACGAAGCCCCAGUCCCGGCUCACAGGCUCGUGGAAGUGAGGAGAAUGGGCAGCCAAAGCUUAUUAUGUUCAACAACAUGAUUACAUAUGCAGAAACUGUGGAAGCAACCAGGCAGUAUGAUGAGGAGAAUGUGUUAAGCAGGGGCAAAUAUGGGCUACUGUUUAAAGCCACCUAUGCUGAUGGUAUGGUGCUUGCAAUCCGACGCCUCGCGGACACAUCAAUCGACGAGAGCACGUUCCGAAAGGAAGCCGAGUCUCUGGGCAAAGUUAAGCAUCGCAACCUGACUGUCCUCCGUGGCUACUAUGCUGGGCCACCUCCUGACAUGCGGUUUCUUGUAUACGACUACAUGCCUAAUGGAAAUCUCACGACGCUGCUUCAAGAGGCGUCGCACCAAGAAGGCCACGUCCUGAACUGGCCAAUGCGCCACCUGAUCGCACUAGGCAUAGCUCGAGGUCUAGCGUUUCUGCACUCGGUCUCAAUCAUCCAUGGCGAUGUGAAGCCACAGAACGUGCUCUUUGAUGCUGAUUUCGAAGCCCAUCUUUCGGAUUUCGGGUUGGAUAAAGUGACGAUCGCUACCACAUCAGCUGAGGCUUCUACAUCCGCGAGCCCCGUUGGAACUCUUGGCUAUGUAGCACCGGAAGCUACAUUGACAGGGAAGCCAUCUAAAGAAGCGGAUGUGUACAGUUUCGGGAUCGUGGUGCUGGAGAUUCUAACUGGUAAGAAGCCUGUGAUGUUCACAGAAGAUGAGGACAUUGUGAAAUGGGUGAAGAGGCAGCUGCAAAGAGGCCAAGUUUCUGAGCUGCUUGAGCCCGGUUUGGUUGAGCUCGACCCGGAGUCAUCAGAGUGGGAAGAGUUCUUGCUGGGGGUCAAAGUUGGAUUGCUCUGCACAAUGCCAGACCCUCUCGAAAGGCCUUCUAUGAACGAUGUCGUUUUCAUGCUCGAAGGCUGCCGGUUAGGCCCCGAAAUUCCCUCCUCAGCUGAUCCCACCACAAUGCCUUCGCCUAGCUGAAAAGAUUCCAUGGCCUAGAACUCAUUUAUUGUUGUAUUCUUUCAUGUUUGAGAGAACUUGGUGUAGUAUGUUUGAUUUGUUUUUCAUCUAGUAUUUUUUACAUUUUUUUUGUCAAUUGUCAAUCUUGUUGUAGGAUGCAAGAAUAUACUUGCACUAGAUUAUGAAGCUUAUUCAUCCUUGUUGUGAUUUCUAGUCUAGAGAGAAAUGCACAUUUAUUGUAGUACUGCAAUUUAUUUUAGUGUAUCAAUUAUGAAUAAAGGUGACCGUGAUUCUGAAACGUGCAGAAAAAAGAGGGCCAGAUUCCUGCAGAAAGAAUCGUGUUAUGUUGCA